UACGACUGGCGAGGACAGUUGGUCCUCUCUGGGAAGGAGAUGGCAGGAGUCCUGUCCGUGGGAGGAACUUCAGCACAGCUCACUUCCAAGAUGGAAGAAGGGAACCAGGCACCAAAAGAGGGAGUGAGGCUGCAGCUGUAUGGACAGAUGCACAACGUGUACACUCAUCACUGCCCCUGCCUCGGCACAGACCAGCUCCGCAGCAGGCUGCUCUCUAUGCUCAUUCAAGAUCAGAGAAGUGCUAAAACUGUGUCUAAUCCCUGCUGGCCCCUCACCUACUCCCGGGAAGUGGAGUGGCAAUUGGUGCAUGCUGGGCCUUGUGCUGCCAGUAAUGAUACAUCAGACAUACCUGGUCCCAAGGAGGUCUUCAACAUCACUGGCUCUAGCAAUCCCACCGCCUGCAUGAGACUUGUGCAAAGCCUGCUCAACUCUUCCACUUCCUGCAGCUUCUUCAAGCAUUCCCUCAGCAGUGUUUUCAAGCCCGUCCGGACCAGGUUUCUGGUGAUUUCUGAGGCCAUGGACUCCAUGAGAGAAACUGUAUCCUCUCCUGACUUGGGUCAGGCAGUCAACAGGCCUUGUGGGAUGUCUGUCAAAGAGGUAACUAACUCCCAAACAAGCCUGGAUACACUUGCUGAUUACUGCAUUGUGUCUGCCUUCAUCUUUCAUCUCAGUACAAAGGGAUACACAUUUGACUUUGAUAGGUCUGUUUGGACCGCAUUCCAGAAGAAGAUGGGUGAUACAUCAUCUGGCUGGACUCUUGGGUACCUGCUGAGUCUGACGAACACCAUCCCCCAGGACAGCCCGGGCUUCCUCAAGGGGAUUGAACCACGGGUCUGGUCUUUGCUCCUUAUCCUCUUUGUUGUGCUGCUCACUGGCUCUUUCAUGCGCAUCUCAUACCGAGUAAUGGUCAAGGAAAACAGCUUCAGUAACAGGAACAGCAGUGUUUUUGAUGACAACUGACAGUUAUUCUGGGACUCAAUACUCUUGCCAGAGGGCAGUUAACAUGGUACAUACAGAAAUAGGUGUAAGUCAGUGGAGGAUACAAGUGAUUUUCCUGCAGGACUCCCAGAG